AUUCCACAGCCCUCUGGAUAGGAGGGGCAGAUGUUAAGGCCCAGUCAGAGAGACAGAAUGGAGAGGCCUGUGCUGACACUGGGGCUGCUGGCUACCCUGGUCGUGUGUGGCAGCUGGGGCCUGAAUGAGGAGAAGCGGCUGAUCCAUCACUUGUUCCAAGAGAAAGGCUACAACAAGGAGCUUCGGCCUGUGGCGAGCAAAGAGGAGCGUGUGAACGUGUCCCUGGCCCUCACCCUGUCGAACCUCAUCUCCUUGAAAGAAGUUGAGGAAACCCUCACCACCAGCGUAUGGAUAGAGCACGGCUGGAAUGACAACCGGCUGAAGUGGGAUGCCCAUGAAUUUGGGAACAUCACUAUCCUGCGCCUGCCCUCUGACAUGCUGUGGCUUCCAGACAUUGUGCUGGAGAACAACAAUGAUGGCUCCUUCCAGAUUUCUUACUCCUGCAAUGUGCUGGUCAGUGACUCAGGCUCUGUGUACUGGCUGCCACCCGCUAUCUUCCACUCCUCCUGCCCUAUCUCUGUCACCUACUUCCCCUUCGACUGGCAGAACUGCUCCCUCAAGUUCAGUUCCCUCAAGUACACGGCCAAGGAAAUCACCCUGAACCUGAAGCGGGAAGUUGAAAAGAAUCUCACCUACCCAGUGGAGUGGAUCAUCAUUGAGCCUCAGAGCUUCACAGAAAACGGGGAGUGGGAGAUAGUACACCGGCCAGCCAGGGUCAAUGUGGACCCCACCGCCCCUCUGGACAGCCCUAGCCGCCAGGAUGUCACCUUCUACCUCAUUAUUCGCCGCAAGCCACUCUUCUACAUCAUCAACAUCCUGGUGCCCUGUGUGCUCAUCUCCUUCAUGAUCAACCUGGUCUUCUACCUGCCAGCCGACAGUGGUGAGAAGACAUCAAUGGCCAUCUCCGUGCUCCUGGCUCAGUCUGUCUUCCUGCUGCUCAUUUCCAAGCGGCUGCCUGCCACGUCCAUAUCCAUUCCCCUUAUCAGCAAAUUCCUGCUCUUUGGCAUGGUGCUGGUCGCCAUGGUGGUGGUGAUCUGUGUCAUCGUCCUCAACAUCCACUUCCGAACACCCAGCACCCAUGUGCUCUCCGAGGGGGUCAAGAAGCUCUUCCUGGAGACCCUGCCCAAGCUCCUGCACAUGUCUGGCCCGGCAGAGGAUGGGCCCCAGCCCGGGGCCCUGGUCCGGAGGAGCAGCUCCCUGGGCUACAUCUCCAAGGCUGAGGAAUACUUCUCACUCAAGUCCCGCAGUGACCUCAUGUUCGAGAAGCAGUCAGAGCGGCAUGGGCUGGCCCGGCGCCUCACCACUGCACGCCAGCCCCCAACAAGCUCUGAGCAGGCCCAGCAGGAACUCCUCACCGAGCUGAGGCCAGCUGUGGAUGGGGCAAACUUCAUUGUUAACCACAUGAGGGACCAGAACAAUUACAAUGAGGAAAAGGACAGCUGGAACCGGGUGGCCCGCACAGUGGACCGCCUCUGCCUGUUUGUGGUGACACCCAUCAUGGUAGUGGGCACAGCUUGGAUCUUCCUGCAGGGUGUCUACAACCAGCCCCCACCUCAGCCUUUUCCCGGGGACCCCUACUCCUACCAAAUGCAGGACAAGCGUUUCAUCUAGGGUGGGUCUUGUGGGGGCAGCCUUGUGGUGGGAGGUCUGAGAGGAUCCUGCAUGUGACUGAGAGGAUUAAAACAGGCCCAGAGGGCCAGUUAUUCACUUCCUUGAUGUACAGGCUUGGGGCCCCAGUAUGGCCAGCUCUUGGCCCUGUACUUGUGCCCCUCAAGCUGGGGUGGAUGCCAAGAAAGGGAGGGAGAAGCCCCACUCCCCAGGAGCCACCAAGAGUGGCCACAGCUGGAGGAGUGGGCAGGACAAUUUGCAGAAGGCAGGAGGCUGCCUCAAGGCCAGGUAGGUUGAUGCUCAGGCUGGCCUUAUGGAGAGCUGAGAGGUCAGGCAGGAAGUGGGGCAGAGCAGGCAGGAAGCUGCACCCUCACUGCUCCUCCCACCCACUCCCCACCCUCACUGGGUCAGAGGCUGGGAGAAUCUCCCUCUCCCCAGGCCCCAGAGGAAAGGAGGUUUUCUGCACAGUAGGAGCAUGAGGUUCUAAAGUGUCCUCCAGCCUUUUCUGCCUUGACUACUGUGUGUCUGGGUUCCUCUGGGAAGCUGAGGACUGGAGUGGAAAGGUUAGGUUUGUACCCACAAAGGUUCAGGGCUAGCCUGAGAUCACAUGCACAAUUUUAGAGCAUUGAAACUCAACACACCCCUUCCCAAAUUAUCCCUUUCGGCAUCUCCUCCUCUCCAAAGUAGGGUUGUCAUGAAAUAUUUGGGACAUACAUAUACUAAAAAAUUACUUAUUGAUUAUCUAAAAGUUGUCCCAUUAUUUUUAUUUAUGAAAUCUAUUAACCCUAACCCAAAGGGAGCCCCACUCAAUCCCAUCCUGAGGGCUAUCUGCCAAGGCUGUGGGAGCUAGGAGAUGUGAGUCUGUAUGGCAGCCCCCCUCUGGAGUGACCCUAGUGACCCACCUGCUAGCAGUCACACUAUACAGAGCCCUCUACACUGAACCAUGCUGGGUUAGUGUAGACAAAGAAAUGAGGCAGAAGUGAUGGGAGAUCACUUUCCAGAUUAGGUUAUGAAAGACUCUGUGGCUACUUACUCUCACAUCAGCGGGACCUCUCACUUGGGGAGCCAGUGAAUGCCUUAAAGAGCCCCAAGGAGAGGCCCUUGUGGCAAGCAACAGAAACAUCCUGCCAACAGCCACGUGAGUGAAUUUGGAAGUGGCUCCUCCAGCCCAGUAGGGCCUUCAGAUGAGAUCACAGCCCUCCUCAAGUUGUUCAGUAGACAACUUGACUGCGGGCCCAUUAAAGUCCCUGAACCACUCAGGCAAGCUGCUCUUGGAUUCCUGACUCUCAGAAGCCAUAUGGGAUAAUAAAAGUUUGUUG